AUGUCCCGCAUACCAUACUUUUCCAACGAGCUUUCUCCCUGGCCGCGCAUACAUCUUGGCGAAGUACCUUCGAAUGCUACCGCCGUCGACCAGCAGGCGACUUUUCCGCGACUCCGUCGUGGCUCUAGUCAGCGAUCUGGUAGUACUCCGAGCUCCAUCAGGCUUAGAGGACGAGCCAGUAGCGACGCAGGCCCUGUUCCGGCAAAAUCGCAAGUCCGUGGCCGAAGUACGAGCUUUGGGUCCACCCAAGAGUACGAAGACGUCUACCGUUCAGCACCUGUACAGCGAUUUGAUCGCAAGGUUAGCUACCGCAAAGUCCAGGAGCUUCUGACGCUAAGAAAGCAAAAGCUGAAAGAAGCAGAGCGCAAAGGAGACGAGGUUGAAGUCUUUAGACUCAAGAAUUUGAACCUCUUUGACGACAUUGAAGGGCUCAAAAUCGAAGAUGAUGAGCCAAAAGAGGUUAAAUUUUGCGGGAAUACCACCGGACAACCCGAUCACCACGACUCCACAUCGCAUGUUGAUGUUUUUGACUUUGGCUUCACUCCCCGACCAAAGUCGGUGAGUCAGGGGCACACGCCCACACUCUGCUGGCAUCUGAAGCUCCAAUACACACAAGGUCUGACAGUGCCUGAUGAGUUCUCCCAAUGCGACAUCCAUCCUACACCCAGCCCAUGCGCCUUCUCAAGUUCGAGCUUAACACUCCAGUCGGCGUCGCCAAGCUCGCUCAGCUCCGGAUCCAGACGUUCUUUGCGCCACACGAAGGUCUCAUCUAUCGGCUCCUCCACGCUCAGAGACUCUUCAGAACCCUCUUCACCCGCCACGUGGUCAUCGAAAGCAAUCGUUUCGGAGCCAACGUCACCCAUAAAGGAUCCCUCAAUCGCACUGAACUCGUCAGAGCCAUCGUUUCCCGCAGAGGAUUCUCCAAGCGCACCCAACCCCGACGAGGAAGAUUCAUUCUUAUACAUCGCCAAAUACAUUAAGAAGCAUGCUCAGGGCGAUAGGCAAUUUAAAGAGGCUAGACAGUCAAGACCCCAAGCCUCCAGUGCCGAUGCUAGACGCUCGAUCCAUAUCCGAUGCACUUGCACAAACCACAAUUGCCGCACCUACCUCCGUGGCCCCCCAAGCAAGCACUGCCGCUUCUGCAAGCUACCCAGACAGCAACCCGCAAUCGCUGCCGCGGUAGACCGCAUCGAGGAAAUGAAGAGGUCAGUCCUAGCGCAAGGAGAUGCAGGAUCGUCAGCGGAGGAGCCAUCAGAAGCCGACGAGUUUCGGAAGUUCGAGGCUUUCCAGGAAGAAAUGAAGCUAGUGGAGAUGUACAAUGCGGAGACGGAGAAGAGAUGUAGGAGCGGUCUUUGGUGGGAAGGAUGGCUCAUUGUGCAGGAUUUGAAUAGGCAGGGAAUUGCUGGAUCGAAGCCUUUUGUUUAUGAAAGGGACGGUUAG